AUGUCUGAGGUUCUUUAUGAUGAUGUAAUCAGGAUUGAGUCUCAGGGAAUGGACAGAGAGAGAGGGAAAGAUAGUGGUGGAUAUCUAUAUGGAUGGAUUUACUAUCAAUUCAGUUUGUAUUACAUUUCCUCUGAAGAGAAGAGCUGGAGUGAGGGCAGAAGAUACUGUACAGAGAGAGGAGCAGAUCUGCUGAUCAUAAACAACAAAGAGGAACAAAUGAGUGUGUUUGUUUACAAAGUUUCUGGUGGUAACAACGUCUGGAUUGGUCUGACUGACAGUGAUAAAGAGGGCACAUGGAAAUGGGUCAGUGGCAGCACACUGACCUCUGGGUGAGAAAUAACAAAAUGUAUACUAAUUAUUAGCCAAUAAAUUAUUCUUACAGUCAGUAUUAUAUCACAU